AUCCUGACAACGUUUUGAGUGGGCCAAGUGAGGAAAGAUAGAAUUAUGGCUCUAUAGAAAGCAAGAAAGCUAUGCAGUUCGUGGAAGAAUCAGUAAGAGCUUGCUAUUGGCUAAAUCAGUCAGCCUUCGCCGAUACGGGCAGAGAUGGGUAUAAUCGCUUCGAUUUGAAUUUCAAAGAAAGCAUCUCCAGAUUUUGGGACUCUUUCACUGUCCCUCAGAUGAUUCAGGUACAGGUUCAUAAAGAUCAAGUUGAGCUUCAACGGCGGGGGUGCAAUGGACCAUACCUCCGAGUACCGCUCACAGACAUGUUCUUCCUACAUAACCACAUAGGUUGGCUGGAGAAAAGGAUCGAGGACGUGGACAGAGAUCUUUAUAAAUCGUAUUCCAGGCUAACUGUCGCCAUUCGCAGGACAGAAUUGCUGUCAGGGCUGCUCAGGAAACUGCUGGAUGCUUUGGAUGAUAAGACUAAUAAGAGAGUUGAUCUUUCUUUCCUGGAUUCUAAUGGGGAUGAAUGCUUACCAAGGGGAACACGACCAGAUUAUUCGAUUAGGCAACAUGUGCAUGAAUUUCUCAAAAGAUUGGAUGUACAUUGGCUUCCUAACCUACCACUGCACGUAACUCUUGCCUCCAACCGAAACAGACAUAACUAUCGUGGAAAUAGCCCGAUGCCACACGAAAACCGUGCUCCCGAUUUUCAUUCUUUGGCAGAAUACUAUGCCCAGGAAGCAUCACAUUCGGAGACGGACAGCGGCCUCUUACGGGAUUCAGAAAGCCCAUUUCCGGAUUCAGAAAGACAUUUAGCCAACGAAUUUUCCGAAGUAUCGGAUCGAGGACGCACCCAAGACUUUUGGAAUUUGGUAACUGUUCGUAGCAAUUCUACUAAUACUGAAUAUGUUAGAACCAAGUGCACUGGAGUGCAAUGCAAUUUAACAGAAGAAUAUCCAUUAUGGGAGCUGCCAUUCCAAUCCAAGGCAGCCACUGACCAACAUAUUGAAAUAAAAAAGAUAACAUUCAUAAGCACUGGAACUUCAACGGAGUCAGACAUCCAUUUAGAAUCUGACACUGAAACCGAUAAUGAUAAAAACGAUUCUGACACAGGUACCGAAACUGAUACAGAAACGUCUAACGAUAUUAAUUUGGACACUGUAACCGAGAUAAACAGUGAUAUCACCGAGUCGGAAGAUUCUUCUGAAACCAUAGCAUCUUUCCCCCAAUCUAGAAACGUCGUUCGAAGACUUAUACAGAGAUUGAGACGAAAUUAA